GGCUCAGAGACUGGCGGCGGCCCGCCCCAGGUCACACAGGCAGCGGGCACCGUGCCACCAUGGAGCUGGGCCCUCUGGAAGGCAGCUACCUGGAGCUCCUCAGGAGCAACAUUGAUCCCCUGCAGCUCUAUCACUUCUACGACCAGGUGGACCUGGCUGAAGAAGAAGCCACUGAACUCUGCUCAGAGCCCGACACGGACACCAUCAACUGCGACCAGUUCAGCCGGCUGCUCGGGGAGAUGGAAGGGGACGAGGAGAGCAAGGAGGCUUACGCCAACAUCGCGGAUCUGGACCAGUACGUGUUCCAGGACUCCCAGCUGGAGAGCCCAAGCAAAGACAUUUUCAUAGAGCACAUGGGAUCGGAAGAAGUGGCCGGUGAGAUCCUGGAGGCACUGGUGGAAACAGGGCAGAAAAGUCAGAAGAGACCUUUCCCAGGGGACCUGCCUGUGGCCCGGAAGCACAGGAAGCUGGACGAGCCUCCCGCUGGGCUCACUGUGACCGGCAGCUUCCUGGUAGGCCCAGGGGUCAACUCCACGGCCUUACCCUGCCAGAAGUUACCCCUUCCCCUCAGCCAGGAGCCAGUGCCUCGCCUGACCAGGCUGGAGGAGACAGCCCUGAUGCUGGCCGCUGGCUCCAGGCCCGUGUUCAGCUGCGUGCACCUCCCUGAUGGAUGUGUCCAGCUCCUGCCUGCCCUCACCGCUCUGUCCCAGGGUCUCUGUCAAACCCCAGGGGCCGGGGCAGGACUCUCUGAUCUUCUCAUCUACCAAGGCCAGAUGACCCAGGCCAGCCAAGUUCCCCCUGUCAGCAGCCUCCCCAAGUCCCCAGACCAACCUGGCUCCACCAGCCCUUUUGCCCCAUCGGCUACUGACCUGCCCAGCAUGCCGGAAGCAGCCCUGACUUGCCGUACAAAUAGGACAGAGGAUGAACUGUCCACGACCCAAAGCCCAGCUGAUCUCGAGUUCUCCAGCAAGACCCCCAAAUGGCCUGAGGCAGUGGAGCGGUACUGCCGCUCGCUGAGGGACCAGUACCUGGCGGAGCCCGGAGACCCGGAUGGCACCCUGGUGGAGGUGGAGCUCGUGUGGGCGCGGCUGGAGAGGAACAGCAGCAAGGGCCAAGAGAGGGAGCUGGCCACCCAGGACUGGACAGCCCGGCGGCUGGUCCGCGAGGGUCUGGCUGAGGUCCUGUUGGCCACCGGUGCCCUUCAACGGCCACGAAAUGAGACGCAGGUGACUGCCGUGCUGGGCAAGGCAGGCCAGGGCAAGAGUUGCUGGGCCCGGGCCGUGUGCCGGGCCUGGGCCUGUGGCCAGCUCCCGCAGUAUGAUUUGGUCUUCUACGUGCCUCGCCACCGCCUGGACCGCCCAGGGGCCAUGUACCGCCUGCGAGACCUGCUUUUCUCCGUGGGCCCACAGCCGCCCCCGGCAGACAGUGAGGUCUUCCGUCACAUCUUGAGGUGGCCCGACCGCCUCCUGCUCAUCUUGGAUGGCUUCGAGGAGCUGGAAGCCCAAGAUGGUCUCCUGCAUACAGGCUGUGGCCCUCCGCCCCCCGAGCCCUGCUCCCUCCGGGGGCUGCUGGCCGGCCUCUGCCAGCGCAGGCUGCUCCAGGGCUGCACGCUGCUGUUGACCGCCCGGCCGCGGGGCCGCCUGGCACAAGGCCUAGCCAAAGCCGACCGGCUGUUUGAGCUGGCCAGCUUUUCCCAGGGGCAGGCCGAGGACUGCGUCAAGCGCCACUUUGCGCGUUCGGCUGAGCACUGCACACGAGCCCUGGCCCUGCUGCGCCGCCAGCCCUUCCUGCUCAGCCACUGCCACAGCCCCGCACUGUGCCACGCCGUGAGCCAGCUCUGCGAGGCUCUGCUGGGGCAGGACCCAGAGGCCCAGCUGCCCUCCACACUCACAGGCCUCUUCGUGGCCCUGCUAGGCACAGCCGCCCGCGACAGCCCCCCGGGCGCCCUCAUGGCACUGGCCCAGUUGGCCUGGGAGCUGGGCCGUGGGCACCGCAGCACCCUGGGCAAGGCUCAGCUCCCGUCGGCGGAGGUUGAGGCCUGGGCCCUGGCCAAUGGCCUGCUUCGAACCUACCCUGGGGCUGAGGUGCCGGAGCUGGCCUUCUCCAGCUUCCCGCUACACUGCUUCCUGGGUGCCCUGUGGCUGGCACUGAGCAGUGACGUCAAGGACAAGGAGCUGCCACAGUAUUUGGCGUUGACCCCGCGCAAGAAGCGGCCCUACGACAACUGGCUGGAGGGCGUGCCCCGCUUCCUGGCUGGCCUGCUCUUCCAGCCAGCAGCCAGCGGCCUGGGUGCCCUGGCGGGGCCAGCAGCCGCCAAUCCAUCAGACAAGAAGCGCAAGGUACUCUCACGCUACCUGCAGCGGCUGCAGCCGGGGUCACUGCGGGCCAGCCGGCUGCUGGAACUGCUGCAUUGUCUCCACGAGGCUGGUGACGCCAAGCUCUGGCAGCAGGUGCUGCAGGGACUCCCGGCCCACCUCUCCUUCCUGGGCACGCGGCUGACGCCCCCAGAUGCCCACGUGCUGGGCAGGGCUUUGGAGGCGGCUGGCCGUGACUUCUCACUAGACCUCCGCAACACUGGCAUUGAUCCCGCUGGACUGGGGAGCCUCGUGGGACUCAGCUGUGUGUCCUGCUUCAGGGCCGCGCUGAGUGACACAGUGGGGCUGUGGGAGUCCCUGCAGCAGCGUGGGGAAGCCAGGCUGCUGCAGGUGGUAGAGGAGAAGUUCACCAUCGAUCCGUUCAAGGCGGAAUCCCUGAAGGAUGUAGAGGGCCUGGCCAACCUCGUGCGGCUCCAGAGGACCGCAAGUGCCUCGGAAGACGUCGCUUCCGACCUUCCUGCUGUCCGGCACCUAAAGAAGCUGGAGUUUGCGUUGGGUCCUGUCUCGGGCCCCCAGGCGUUCCCCACACUCGUGGCGGUCCUCACAGCGUUUUCCUCCCUCCAGCACCUGGACCUGGACUCUCUGAGUGAGAACAAAAUCGGGGACAAGGGUGUCGCCCAACUCUCUGCCACCUUCCCUCAGCUGAAGUCCCUGGAGACCCUCAACCUGUCCCAGAACAACAUCACUGAUGUGGGUGCCUGCAAGCUGGCAGAGGCCCUGCCCACCCUGGCUGCGUCCCUCCUCAGGCUGAGCCUGUACAAUAACUACAUCUGUGAUUCGGGAGCCAAGAGCCUGGCCCACGUGCUUCCCGACAUGGUGUCCCUCCGGGUGCUUGAUGUCCAGUACAACAAGUUCACGGCCGCCGGGGCCCAGCAGCUGGCCACCAGCCUGAAGAAGUGCCCGCAUGUCGAGACGCUAGCGAUGUGGACGCCCACCAUCCCAUUUGGAGUCCAGGAGCACCUGCAGCAGCUGGACUCUCGGAUCAGCCUGCGGUGACCUCAGCCACACCUGGGACAAGCACAUUCCGGAGACUUGGACCAUGCUGGACCUUGGACAGCUUGGCUGUGGACCAAGUUCUCUUCAGCAUCUCCCACACACCUCAGCGUCCUGGCGCCUAGCCCCUGCCGGCUCAGGGCUGGCCUGCCCACACUGCUGAGUGAACUUCAGGGGCUCUGGGGUCCUGUGGGGCCCAGACUGAUGCCAGACUCACAAAUAAGCAACGAUGUGCCCAGAAGUCAGGAGCCAGGGGCAGCUGUGGCCCACUCAGGAGCCCUGCAGGCCACCAGCCACCCUGGCCCUGGCACUGUGGCCAGCUGAGAGCGAGGGCCCAUGGGGGCAGUUCUGCCUCCCCAGUGGGACCUGCUUAAGAGGAAGCACUUCGCCAGCCCUCCAGCAGGGAGGACGCAUGGCGCUCUGGGGGCAGCCGGCUGUAGAGGGCAGCAGGCCUACCAGCUCCCCGAGCACCGACUGGCAGGGAUGUGUGGCUGCUGCUUUCGGCCUGGGGACUCAGCUUUGCACUGACUUUGUUUGCCAGAGACCAAAGCCAUGCCUGGCCAGCCGCACUUGGCCUUGGAUGGAAGCAGCCAAUUGUACACUAAGGGUGGUGGUGGAGGGGGGGAAUGGGAGAUUGGUACCACAUCUGCCUUUUU